AUGUCACGGAGUUGUGUUAUGUCUUUGGUUUCUGCAAAUCUUAUGAGAAGCUCUUUCUUCUUAUGCUCGUUCAAGUCUAAACGGUUAGUGGCGGCGUCGAAAUCGGUUAGACCGGUAAAGGGGCUAACGUCCUUGACCAACUCUCUUCCUCGGUUCAAUUGUGUCGUUAGCCAAACCGGUCCACCUGAGAUUCAAUUUCCCGGUGGGUCUGAAGAGUUACCUUCAGGGCCAAGUAGAGGACCAGAGUUGGUUCCAUUAGAAAUCCCGGAGCUUCCUAAUAUACCUGAGAUAAACCCAUCAGAAACUCCGCCGGAAGUUACGACGAUUCCCAGCGACCCACCACCACUUGGACCGCCGCAAGAUCCUAGCCCUGAGUUUCCGGUUCCACCAUCUCCGUCUCCACCGAUGCCAGAUACACCAAAACCUCCGUCGCCUGAAAGACCACCUGAUCUAGUGCCUCCAAACUGGGAACCGCCUCGCCCACCGGAGAUACCAACGCCGGGAAUAGAUCCACCACCGCCUAUGGGCCCCACCAUCAUGUAA